UCUUUUCUCGCUCCAUUAAUCUUCGUCUCCUUUUUCAGAAUCUUCUCGCUCGUCAUUUUUCUUCUACAGUAAGUUUUCAGAAGAAAAUUUAUAGUUGGGGCUCACUGAUUUGAAGAGAAAGAAUCUCUGAAAAUCUAUGGAGAAACUCAAAGCUGAUGCUUCCGAAAUAAUCAUAUACGUCCGUCAAUUGAAAGGUUUACUCAACCAUAUUGGCAUGGCUGAAGCCAACAUUGAGAAGAGGUCUCGAGAGCUGGAUUUAAAGGAGGAGGAGCUGCAAAUUUUGAGCUCAGAACUUGAGCAAAAGAGUCAAACUUUUGAAGCAGAAAAGUCUGAAGCUGGUGAUUUGAAGAAAUUGGUGGAAGAGUGUACUGAAGAACUGAGGUCAAAGAGGAAUCUACUGACUGUGAGGCUCGAUUCUUUGACAAGGGUUCAGAGAGAGCUUGAGUCAAAGGAUAACCAAUUGGGACAGGUUAUGGCCGAGAUUAAGAGGCGUUGCACUGAGGCUCGUAAUGUUCAAGAGCGUAAGAGAGAAGUGGAAGAUGAAACAGCUUCAAAGAAGAAAGAGUUGUCACUGAUUGUUGAGCAGAUCGAAGAAUCUGACAAACAGCUUGAGAACAAGUCUCGAGAAGUAGAAUUGAAGGAGAAGGACAUUGAAGAGAACAGAAAAGAACUUGAUUUGGUUAAGAGUCAAGUCAAAGCAUGGGAAAGGAAACUCAUUCAGCUUAGGAAAUUGGUUGAUGAUGAUUGUACAAGAGAACUACGUCCAAGGAAAGAUCAUGUGGAUUCAUCGAACAACACUCAUGUGAAACUGACGAAAACCGUGCUUGUGAAACAUAGUGGUGUAGAGGAGGAGAAUCAUGGCAAGCUUUCUUCUCUUUUCCCUUGUUCAUUAUGAUAAAAAAAAAAUCAGUUAAUGUGAUGCUUA